AUGGGCAUGAGGAUCAAGUUGCACAGCACCAACCACCCCAACAACCUGCUGAAGGAACUCAACAAGUGCAGGCUCUCCGAGACCAUGUGCGACGUCACCAUCCUGGUGGGCACCCGCUCCUUCGCCGCGCACAAGGCCGUGCUGGCCUGCGCCGCAGGCUACUUCCAGAACCUCUUCCUGAACACGGGGCUGGACGCCGCCAGGACCUACGUGGUGGAUUUCAUCACGCCGGCCAACUUCGAGAAGAUCCUCAGCUUCGUGUACACCUCGGAGCUCUUCACAGACCUCAUCAACGUGGGCGUCAUUUACGAGGUGGCCGAGCGGCUGGGCAGGCUGAAGCCCUGCCACUCCACCUUCCCGGACUUGGAGAGCUCGGCCGUCACGAAGCAACCCUCCCUGUCCGUGAGCGAGGGCCGGUCGGGUCCCCUGAGCAGCACCUCCUCGGAGCAGAGCCACUCCUUGGGGGACAUCCGGAGCGGCGGGGAGCAUUUUGGCCCCGAACGGAAUUACUACGGCAAGGGCGGCUUCUUUACUGCUGACCCUUCCCUGGACGUCUCCAUGGGGAGCAACUCCUGCCCCAGCAACAGCGACCACUCCAAAGAGCCGGGCUUUGGGCAGAUGGACGAGCUCCAGCUGGAGGAUCUGGCGGAGGACGAGCUGCAUUUCGAAGACGCCAGCGAGGAGCUGGGGCCGUCGGAGGAGGUUAUCGAGCUGAGUGACGACAGCGAAGAAGAGCUGGCCUUCGAGAACGACAGCCGGGACAGCAAGGCCAUGCCCUGCCAGGUGUGCAAGAAGGUCCUGGAGCCCAACAUCCAGCUGAUCCGCCAGCACGCGAGGGACCACGUCGACCUGCUCACCGGGAACUGCAAGGUCUGUGAAACCCACUUCCAGGACCGCAACUCCAGGGUCACUCAUGUCUUGUCACACAUCGGCAUCUUCCUCUUCUCCUGCGACAUGUGCGAGACCAAGUUCUUCACCCAGUGGCAGCUGACCCUCCACCGGCGAGAAGGGGUCUUUGACAACAACAUCGUUGUCCACCCCAGCGACGCGCUCCCAGGGAAGGUCGCCAUGUUCGGGACAGGGCCCCACGUCCUGGACCACGUGAACUUGAAAAGCCAGACCUGCGGCGUGUGUGACCAGAGGCACCUCAGCCUCUGCAGCCUGCUGUGGCACGCCCUGUCCCACCUGGGCAUCUCCGUCUUCUCCUGCUCCGUCUGCGCCAGCAGCUUCGUGGACCGGCACCUCCUGGAGAAGCACUUGGCCGUCCACCAGAACGUGGAGGAGGCUCUUUUCCGCUGCCACUUCUGCGGCCAGAGCUUCAAGCUGGAAGCGGCGUACCGUUACCACGUCAGCCAGCACAAAUGCGGGGGCAGCCUGGACAUCCGACCCGGCUUUGGGGACCGCCUGCCGCAGCCCAGCCUGCAGAAGAGGAAGCUGCCGGAGGAGUUCUUGAGCGAAGACCUGGCGCUGCAAAGCCAGCCGGGCAACAGCAAGUACAGCUGCAAGGUCUGCGGGAAGAGGUUUGCCCACACCAGCGAGUUCAACUACCACCGGCGCAUCCACACCGGAGAGAAGCCCUACCAGUGCAAGGUGUGCCACAAGUUCUUCCGCGGCCGCUCCACCAUCAAGUGCCACCUGCGGACGCACUCGGGAGCCCUCAUGUACCGCUGCACCGUGUGCGGGCACUACAGCUCCACGCUCAACCUCAUGAGCAAGCACAUCGGCGUGCACAAGGGCAGCCUCCCGCCGGACUUCACCAUCGAACAGACUUUCAUGUACAUCAUCCAUUCCAAAGACGCGGAGAAAACCGCGGACAGCUGA